GUGUUUCGCUGCUCUGGGUGACGUGUCGACCGUUCGAUUCCUCCACCAAGCCAACCAAAUCGUAGACAAAGUUUCACAGGAAACGGGGGACGACGGGACGUUGUUUUACAAAGUCCAAGCCCAGGUGGCCAUGAUGGACAAGAACUUUAAACUGGCUGAGAUGCUUUACAUGGAGCAGAACGCAAUCGAUGAGGCCAUAGAGAUGUACCAGGAGCUCCACAUGUGGGACGACUGCAUCGCAGUGGCUGAAGCCAAGGCUCACCCGGAGCUGAACAGCCUGCGAGGCAACUAUUAUCAGUGGCUGACGGAGACGGGUCAGGACGAGAAGGCCGGCGAGGUGAAGGAGAACGAGGGGGACUUCCAGGGGGCCAUAAACCUCUACCUGAAGGCUGGACUCCCAGCUAAAGCUGCCCGUCUGGCCCUGAGCCGUCCAGAGCUCACCAACAGCGCCGACACCGUCAGUCGCAUCGCUGCCAGCCUCAUCAAGGGAGAGUUUUAUGAAAGAGCAGGAGAUCUGUAUGAGAAAAUCAGGAACAACCAGAGAGCUCUGGAGUGCUACUGCAAGGGAGGAGCUUUCAGGAAAGCGGUGGAGCUGGCUCGCGUUUCCUUCCCCGCCGAGGUGGUGAAACUGGAGGAGGCCUGGGGAGACUACCUGGUCCAGCAGAAACAGAUGGACGCCGCCAUCAACCACUUCAUUGAAGCAGGCUGCUACCUUAAAGCCAUCGAGGCGUCCAUCGCCGCUCGCCAGUGGAAGAAAGCCGUCCAAAUCCUGGAUUCACAGGACGACUCAUCUGCAGGGAGAUUUUACCUGAAAAUAGCUCAGCACUACGCCUCCAUGCAGGACUACGAGGUGGCAGAGCAGCUGUUUGAGAAAGGAGGUCACAUUAAAGAAGCCAUCGACAUGUACACCUCCGCAGGACGCUGGGAGGAGGCUCACAAGCUGGCAGUGAAGUGUAUGACAGAGGAGGAAGUCACCACUCUGUACGUCAGCAGAGCCCAGGAGCUGGAGAGGGACAGCAAAUUCAAGGAGGCCGAGAGGCUGUUUUCUACUGUGAAGCUGACGGACCUCGCCAUCACAAUGUACAAGAAGAACCAGAUGUUUGAUGAUGUCAUUCGUCUGGUGGCCAAGCAUCAUCCCGACCUGCUGGCUGAGACUCACCUCCACCUGGCCAAGGAGUUGGAGGCUGAGUCCAGGUUCUCAGAGGCAGAGUACCACUUCAUGGAGGCUGGGGAGUGGAAAGCAGCCGUCCAUAUGUACAGAGUUCAUGACAUGUGGGAGGACGCGCACAGGGUGGCAACCAGCCACGGAGGUGCUGGAGCUCCGAAGCAGGUGGCCUACCUGUGGGCCCGGAGUCUGGGAGGAGAAGCUGCCGUCAAGCUGCUCAACAAGUUCGGCCUGCUGGACUACGCCGUCGAGACGGCCUCAAAUAACCUGUGA